AUGGAUGGGAAAAAGAAGGCAGAGUUGGUGCAACAGAUCCACGAGAAAGCUAGAAAGAACAUUGUUGAGAAGACAAAGCAGUAUGCUAAGAGAGCAAACAAGGGCAAGCGAGAAAUGAUCUUUGAUGUAGGUGAUAGAGUGUGGGUGCAUUUGCGCAAGGAGAGGUUCCCAAAUGAAAGAAAAUCUAAGCUGAUGCCGCGGAUAGACGGUCCUUUUGAGAUCACCCAAAGGAUCAAUAACAAUGCCUACAAGCUUGAUCUUCAAGGUACUAUGUCCAUUAACGCGGAGGAAGAUGAAGGAGUUAGCCUCGAGCAUAAAGCUUUGCUUGAAGCUUUGACUCGCCGUAUGAGUACGAUGAUGGAAACAAGAUUGGGUACUUUCCGCGAAGAGCUUGAUGCGCAAUCUUCAGAACCUAGACGUGAACCAAGGCAGAAUCGACGCACACAGGCUAGACGUGAGCAUGAGGGUUCAGAGGAGACUGAUAACUACUAUGAAAGAAAUCGACACAGCUCAGAUUCUAGACACAGCAGCCGUAGUGACCGUAGACACAGGCGUGAUCACUGGCAACGCAAUGAACUCGCGGGACUUAAGAAAAUUCAAGUGGCUGCUACCGAGUUCUACGAUUACGCUUUGAGCUGGUGGGAUCAAUUGGUUACAAACAAGCGGCGCAAUGGAGAGUUUCCUAUUGAGACAUGGGCAGAGAUGAAAGCAGCAAUGCGCAGGAGGUUUGUGCCAAGCCAUUACCAUCGUGAUCUUCAUCAGAGAUUGAGAAGGCUCACACAAGGAUCGCGAUCUGUAGAAGAGUAUUUCCAAGAGAUGGAAUUGUUAAUGUUGAGAGCUUGUAUAUCAGAGGAUAGAGAGGCUACUAUGGCACGGUUUCUUGGAGGACUUAACCGUGAGAUACAAGACAAUGUGGAGAUGCAGCACUAUGUUGAGUUGGAAGAGAUGUUGCACAAAGCAAUUCUGGUGGAGCAACAGAUUAAGAGGAAGCAUCAUUCACGUGGAAGCUACGGUACCAGCAAGUAUCAGCAAGUUAAAGACGAGAAACCAGCAUAUCAGAAGGAGAACAAGCCUCAGCAGAAAGAAGAAACAAAGCUAGGCAGCAUUUUUGCCAAAGACAAAGACAAAGGGAAAGCUGAAGCUACUUCUUCUCGGACCAGAGAUGUUAAGUGUUUCAAAUGUCAAGGGCGUGGUCAUUACGCAAACGAGUGCACCAACAAACGAGUUAUGAUCCUCUUGGAGAAUGGAGAAUUUGAAUCUGAGGAUGAGAAGCUUGAUACUGAUCAGAAGCAUUCCGAGGAAGAAUAUGAAGAAGAACCAGUGCGAGGGAGAUUGUUGGUUGCAAGGAGAACUCUCAGCUUGCAAAAUAAAACCGAGGAGCUUGAGCAGAGAGAAAACUUGUUCUACUCACGCUGCAUGGUUCAAGGAAAGAUAUGCAGUCUGAUCAUUGAUGGUGGAAGCUGUGUUAAUGUUGCUAGCGAGACAAUGGUGAAGAAGCUUGGUUUGAAAACUCAAAAACACCCUAAACCUUACCGGCUGCAGUGGCUUAACGAAGAAGGUGAGAUGAGGGUCUCCACACAAGUCUCUAUACCUUUGUCCAUUGGGAGAUAUGAAGAUGAGAUACUCUGUGAUGUGAUACCAAUGGAAGCAAGUCAUAUCUUACUUGGAAGGCCGUGGCAGUUUGAUAGGAGAGUUACACAUGAUGGCUUUACUAAUAAGCACUCUUUUGAGUUCAAUGAAACUCUCUUGAAUCUAACUGAUUUUACACCGGAGUAUCCGAGUGAGGUGUCAGCUCUUUUACAGGACUUUGAAGAUGUAUUUCCUGAAGAUAAUCCAAUUGGUUUGCCUCCUAUACGUGGGAUUGAGCACCAGAUUGAUUUUGUACCAGGAUCUACUCUUCCUAACAGGCCAGCAUACAGAACUAACCCAGUUGAGACUAAGGAGCUUCAGAGGCAGGUUGAGGAACUGAUGGAGAAAGGCCAUAUCCGUGAGAGCAUGAGUCCCUGUGCCGUACCAGUGCUUCUUGUGCCCAAGAAAGAUGGGAGCUGGCGCAUGUGUGUUGAUUGUAGAGCAAUCAACAACAUAACAGUGAAGUAUCGCCACCCUAUUCCUAGAUUAGAUGAUAUGCUUGAUGAAUUGCAUGGCUCUAGCAUUUUUUCUAAGAUAGAUUUGAAGAGUGGGUAUCAUCAAAAUAGAAUGAAAGAAGGAGAUGAGUGGAAAACAGCUUUUAAAACUAAGCAUGGUUUGUAUGAGUGGUUAGUGAUGCCUUUUGGCUUAACUAAUGCUCCUAGUACUUUUAUGAGAUUGAUGAAUCAUGUGCUUAGAUCUUUUAUAGGAUUGUUUAUGGUAGGUUACUUUGAUGAUAUCCUUGUCUACUCUAAGAGUUUAGAAGAGCAUAUAAAACAUCUUAGGACUGUUCUUGAUGUCUUGAGGAAAGAAAAGCUAUUUGCUAAUCUUAAGAAAUGCACUUUCUGUACGGAUAACUUGGUCUUUUUAGGCUUUGUUGUGAGUGCAGAUGGAGUAAAGGUAGAUCAAGAGAAGGUGAAAGCAAUACAAGAGUGGCCGAUUCCUAAAACCAUCAGUGAAGUGCGAAGCUUCCAUGGAUUAGCUGGCUUCUACUGACGGUUUGUGAAAGACUUUAGCACCAUAGCAGCUCCAUUGACUGAGGUGAUCAAGAAAGAAGUUGGAUUCA